AUGGCAGCACGCACUUUUGACUCCUCACGUUGGACCUCCAAGCGCCAAUUCCUGUCUGGAAAGCCAUCUACACCUACAGAAGUCUCUAUACACUAUCUCUCCUGUUCUCCUCCUUCCAGCCAAAAGCCCAAGGGAACUAUCCUUCUCAUCCACGGCUUCCCUCAAACCUCUUAUCAAUUCCGCCAUGUCAUUACACCUCUCGCAGAUGCUGGAUACCAAGUCAUCGCACCCGACUACCGCGGCGCAGGAGAAAGUUCCCGACCCAGAGAUGGCUACGACAAACUUACCAUGGCUUCAGACCUACACACCCUAAUCACCUCACACAUGGGUAUAAACGACAAAAUCCACGUUGUGGGCCACGAUAUCGGGGGUAUGGUUGCCCACGCCUACGCAAUCCAAUUUCCCUCGCACACAGCAAGUGUAUCUUGGGGUGAAUGUCCUUUGCCAGGAACCUCUUUGUAUGCAAACUAUGUUGCUGAGAAUACCUAUGGUGGACUCUGGCAUUUUGUGUUUCAUCAACAGAUUGAUGUGCCUGAACUGCUUACCCAGGGCAAGGAAAGAGCAUAUCUAAAGUCUNUUUACGAUAGACUUACCCAGUCUCCAUCUGCAAUUUCUGCUACCGACGUUGACAUUUACGCAAACCAAUUCGCGCAGCCUGGGGCUAUGAGAGCGGGCUUUGAUGUUUAUCGCGCUUUCCACCAAGAUUUUGAGGAUAACAAGAAGCAUGUGGAGAAACAUGGCAAAUCAAAGGUUCCUUGUUGUGCGCUGUGGGGUGGAUUGAGUUUUAUGAUUGACAUUGCGGAAAAACAGGCCAAAGAGAUGUAUGAGGAUGUUACUUUGGCAAAGGUGGAGGGAACUGGGCAUUGGUGUGCAGAAGAGAAUCCGGAGAGUUUUGUAGAGCAGAUUUUGGGUUUUGUUGGCAAGCAUUGA